UCACUGACGAGCAGAAACAGGAAGUACCUGGAGCAGCAGCUAGCUGAGGACAGCGAUGAAGACGCUGAAGUGACUGAGCGAAUAUAAAACUGUCUCCGGGGUCAGAUAAGAAGUCAAUGAAUGUGGACGCCAGCGGACUCUGUAGAGAAACGAUGGAGAGAGCUGUCAGGAUCACCUUGUUGUCGGUUAUCUUCAUGUCAUCGCAGAUAAACUGCCAAGAGGCAAUCUUGCACAUUUCAAAUGGAAGUACAUAUAGGGAGUACUGCCUUGUCCACAAUCACUCCUGGACCCCCCUGUCACAAACCCUUGAUGCUGCUGUUCAGUAUCCGCUGGUGAAUAUGACCUCCACUGUGCUGUGUAACGCGACUGGGGUCAGUCCAGAUGUGGUAAUGGGCAAAGCGUUGGUGGUGAUGAGGGGGGACUGUGAUUUCAGCCAGAAAGCUCUGGUUGCUCAGAGCCUCGGAGCUACAGCUUUGCUUAUUGCCAGCAAACAAUUAUUGAUCACUCCGUCAGCCAAUGACUCUGAGUAUGCAAAGAUCCAUAUUCCUCUGGCUCUCAUGAGGUACAGGGACAUCCUUGACGCACAGCAGGUGUUUGGUGAUGGGAUGCAGGCGCAGCUUUAUGCUCCACCUCACUCAAAGGUUGAUCCAAGUAUUGUUGUCAUGCUACUGAUAGCUAUUGUCACGGUCGGCUUGGGCGGCUUCUGGAGCGGGGCAUGUGAGAGAGACCGGUUGAGUGGUGAUGUAGCAGGGGGAGGAGGUGGAGAGGGCAAAGCAGAGAGCGGAGAGCUUUUCCUCUACUCUCCUCUCAAAGUGGUCUUCUUUGUCGCCAUGAUGUGUGGGAUGCUGGUCCUCAUGUACUUCUUCUACAACAUCCUUGUUUACGUCAUUAUUGCUAUAUUCUGCCUGGCGUCCGCCUCUGCACUGUUCAGCUGUCUAGAUGCAGUGAUGGAAAAGAUUGGUUGUGGCACUGGGAGCUUCUCUAUCCGAAAUUGCAACAUGUCAGUGAGGUCUCUCCUACUGGCUGCUGUGUGCGUUACCGUUGCUGUGAUCUGGGGAGUCUACAGGAAUGAAGACAGAUGGAUCUGGAUCUUGCAGGACCUCCUUGGUGUUGCUUUCUGCCUCAACUUCAUGAAGACCAUUUCACUGUCCAACUUCAAGAUCUGUGUGGUUCUGCUGACCCUCCUGCUUGUGUAUGACGUCUUCUUCGUUUUCAUCACUCCUUUCUUCACCAAGAAUGGGGUUAGCAUUAUGGUGCAGGUCGCCCUGGGCCCGGAUGCAUCAGGAGAGAAGACACAAGGUAACAUGGUGGAGGUCCCCGCUGAACCCCAGGCUUCCUCUGAGAAACUGCCAGUGGUGAUGCGUGUCCCACGGUUCUCAGCUUGGGCUCAGAACCUGUGUGGGAUGCAGUUCUCCAUUCUGGGUUACGGAGAUAUCAUCGUUCCAGGUCUCUUGGUGGCCUACUGCAGCAGAUUUGAUGUUUGGAUCAACAGCAGGAAGAAGAUCUACUUCGUCUGCUGCUGCAUAGCCUAUCUGCUGGGAAUGAUAGUGACAUUUGCCGUGAUGCUGCUGUCGGGGAUGGGCCAGCCCGCCCUGCUCUACCUGGUGCCCUUCACCCUGAUAACCUCCGCCGUGGUGGCUUGGUGCAGGGGAGAGAUGAGGCAUUUCUGGACAGGAACCACCUAUGAGGUCUUGGACUCGUCCAGGGAACCUUUGCUGCCAGAAGGAAGAAAUGACCGCUGCGUAGAUGGAGAAACAUGCUGACUUACAGGGUUGAGAAUGGAUCCGACUGCUGGAUGCGUUUUUCUUACAUUUUAAUAUGACAUUUGCAAAGCAAGGGAACACAUGUAAUUGAUCAACAGAUUGGUCUAGGUUAAUUUGACUGCUGUGAAUGGUUAGAAGACUAAUAAAUAUUGUGUUGGCUUGUUUAGUGCCUGAAAGGUCUGUUAGGUUCACGUUCAGAAAACUGUUAACGCGUUUGCCUUGGUGAUGAUUGCAUACAACAAAAUGAGAAAGCACUUUAUAAUAUUAAGCUUGACGGGUGAAUCAUCAGGGGUGGGGAGUGGGUUUUAAAUUACUCGUAGCCACAAUAUGAUACAUUUUUGAUAACUGUUUUGGGGUUUCUGUGUAAUCUGUUUGUAUGAUGUGAUUUCUUUCAUCGCCUUACAUUAAAGUGAACUUAUAUUUAA